GAGAGGAAGUCCGUGCCGCGCGGGGUUGUGGGAACACUUUGGUGACGUCCACUUCUCAAGUAGAGGAAUAAUAUCGCAGGUCUCCGCUGGACUUCUUCUUCACGGGUGUGUGGCUUUGGCGUGGAGUAAUAAGUGCAGAAGAUAAGUGUAACAGAAGCCAGGCUCGGAGAGGAAGGACUGCCCUCAUAGGAUGGGGGCUGUGGUGUCUCGGUGGAGGGCUAAACCAUCCACUGUAGAGGUCUUGGAGGGUCUUGAUAAGGAUAUCCAGGCCCUUGAGGAAUACAGAGAGAAGAACCAGAAGCGGCUGAAGUUAUGGGUUUACAGACUGCUGUUGUACUCCGCUCUGCUGUACCUGAUGGCCUGUGCAGUCGUAUAUAUGUGGUACAUCCCGGAGCGGAUGAUAGGAAAAUUAAUAGUGGCAUCACCCUUCUUGCUGUUCCCUCUGUUGAUUUGGCUGCUGAGGAAACUGCUGAUUGUUUUAUAUGACAAGCGAACAGAGAGAAACAAUGAGAAGUUAGAAGAGCUGAAAGCAGAGAAAAAGAAAAUACUUGAACAAGUGAUGGAAACAGAGACUUAUAAAAAUGCCAAGCUGAUUCUUGAACGCUUUGACCCAGACUCAAAGAAGAAGCUUGAGUUAGAGACUCAACCUAUUGGCCCGACUGCCACUCCAAGACAAGGCCAAGAGCUACGUCAUCGGCUUGUGUCUCCUCGUCCCACUGGUCGUCCUCCUCCAGUUCCUGUACCUGGCCCGUCAGUCCCGGUCACGCCACUGUCUGCUCCAGGAGGACCACCUGAAAAAGGUCUGGCAGCAUCGACCCCACAAGCUCUGAUCAGGAGGCCCGGGACCCCGGCGGGCACACCGAUCCCUGUGAUGGGAAUGCACCCUCCCGGCCCUCCACUGGCCAGGCCUGUCCUCCCCAGAGAGCGCAGGGCCGUGGACAGGGUCAUUGAGUACCUAGUGGGUGAUGGACCUCAGAACAGAUAUGCCCUGAUAUGCCAGCAGUGUUUGUCUCAUAACGGCAUGGCUUUGAAGGAGGAGUUUGAAUAUAUCGCAUUCAGAUGUGCCUACUGCUAUUUCCUGAACCCGGCCCGGAAGACGCGUCCCCAGGCCCCGCGGCUCCCAGAAUUCACUGCAGAAGCCAAGACGAGCCAAGACCCUCCUGCUGUUGCCAUGGAGACGGACCUGCCUGUCUCUCCACCUGCCCCAGAGAGUAAAGAAGCAGAGCCUGUAAAAGCUGAAGAUGGAGAUGCACAAACAGAUGAGAUCCCUACAGAAGAGACGAAACCAGGAGAUCCAGAGCCACACACCGAUAUCCCGGACAAAUCCGACGGAGAACAGGACGUGUCCGCCAUGGAGGUGGAGUAAAGUGAGAAAAAGCCAACAUAAGCCUGUCUGUUCAUCAUGUGUGUGUGUGUGUGUGUGUUUGCUUUUUCAUAUUAGGUUAUUAGUUUACGUUUGUUUUAAUUUCUUCACUAUUAUUAUUAUUAUUAUUAUUAUUAUUAUUAUUAUUAAUGCAGUGUUACAUUAUGGAUUAGCAAUAUGAAUAGUUUUGGGGUCAAAAGGUUUUUGUAAAGUUCGAUGCUGAUAUAUCUGCAAUAAUGUGUUACAUUUCUGAGUUUAGUACUCGUAAAAUAGUUUAUCUUUGUUUACAUGUGUGGAAAAAUGUUUAUCACAUCACUUUUAGUUGGCCAGAAAAGCAGCUGUUGAAGCGUUUCAUCCUCUUGAUUUGUGACUGAAUGUAUUUGAUAUUCUUAUUUUGCAAAUACGAAGCAAAAAUGCUCCAGUUGGGAAGUCUAUUUAUAAUAUUUAUAGCUAUUAAUAUUGUAAUAACGGUCAGUGCCUGUUAUGAAAGUGUAGCAUAUGUCAGGUGCUGUGCGGUGAGAGAUUGCUCCCAUGUUUACAUGUCUGUUCGGGUACCGCCAUAGGAAUGUAUGUCCGCUUAUUUAUUACGGCAUAAAAGCAGCUCUUCUCAGUGUUCUCAGCCUCACGUGCCUUUAUGUUUUUGACCUGUUUCACGUUUAAAAAAGCUGUCGAAUUGUCAAAUUAUUAAGCAUAGCAUCAUGUGCAGAAAUACAGUGCUGUUUUUAUUUUUGUCUACAAGUAAUAAUAUGAGAAAUAAAGUUUUUAAAACAGUA